AUGAUUUCUUUCUUUGUCCUGUCUAGUCUUCUCAUCUCGGCUCAAGCCAUCAUCGAUACCAACUGUACCGAUGGAACCAACCCAACUAAUGCUGCUAUCAACUGUAACGAUAUCUAUUCCACAACUGCUUGCGAGAAGCUCUACACUACCCCUACUCUGGAAAUUCGAAUUUUUCGUUCAGGACCAAGAAUCGACUGUUCAAGAAUCUCACUUGCCAUGUGCAAAGACCCCACCUGGAGAGAGAUCAUCGCUCAAGAUUGCCCAGCCUCUUGCGGAUUCUGUACUCUCGGAGGAUGUGUUGAUGCUGCUCCAGACUGUGGCUUAAACCCAUCUGUUUGUUUCAUCAAUGGGCUCGAAGAGUUCUCCAGGACCAACUGUAAACGUACAUGCGGACUUUGCGAUUCUUCCUCUACGACUUCUUCUUCUGCAACAAGCACAGCUUCUAGCACAACUUGUAGAGAUGCUGCCGCUAACUGCGCUAGCUGGGUAAGAAACGGUUUCUGUACCAACACAUUCUACUCUACCGCUGAGAAAAGAAGAAACUGUGGAAUAUCGUGUGGCUUGUGCUAA